CGCGCUCACUGGAGAGCCGAGUGAAUCCGGGUCGCAGGGGGCGUGGUUCGCUGCUCCCUCGCUGAGAAGUUGUGGCUGCAGGCGCAGGCCCCGUGUUUAUCGGUUUAAAUGCACAGAGUGCUGUAGAGAUCGGGCGGCUCUAUCUUGUAUUGGAGAGCAGCAGAGGCCACAGCGCAGCAUACCAGAUCCCCUGUUAACCUGUGAUACCGGGCUCGGUGUAGGCGGCAAGGCUGGAGCGUGUGGGAGAUCAGGCCUGACACCGUCUGCCCUCAGGAGCCAAUAUGCAAAAUCAAACUGCACAACUAUGCAGCAGUUUGCUGCAGUUUCCUGAGGUAACCGUAAAAGGUCUUCAAGAAGAUGAAAUAAAUCUAGAUUCAGUCCUUCGCGGCAAGUUUGUCUCUGGGAAAACUGGUCUGGCUUGGUUGGCAUGUGGACCACAGCUGGAAGUUGCUAACUUUUUAACAGCAGAGAGACUCUCUGCUUAUCGUUUUAGCGGUGUGACGGCACAGCCUCCCACUGUUGUAGCGGUUAGAGAGUUUUCAUGGCAGAAAAAGACUGGAUUACUUGUGGGACUUGAGGAUUCAGAAGGUGGUGUUCUCUGCCUGUACGAUGUGGGAAUAUCAAAAGUUGUUAAAGCAGUUGUUCUUCCUGGAUCAGUAACUGCUCUUGAACCUGUUAUUAAUCAUGGAGGCGCCAAUGCCAGUACUCAACAUCUGCAUCAGAGCUUGCGUUGGUUCUUUGGCGUAGCUGCAGUUGUUACUAAUGAUGGACAUGUCCUCUUAAUUGAUCUUUGUUUGGAUGAUGUAUCAUCUAAUCAGGAUGAACUUGAAGCGUCAGACCUUGAAGUGAUCAGUGGAAUUCCAACUGAAAUCCCUAUGUUUCGAGAAGCUGCAGCUAGGGAGCAUCGACAUCUUUGUCUUCAGUUGCAAGCACCAACUGGAACUCCAGCAACCACCAUUACCUAUAUCAGCAGAACUAACCAGUUGGCAGUUGGAUUUUCUGAUGGAUAUCUUACUUUAUGGAACAUGAAAACUUUAAGAAGAGAAUACCGUGUUCAGGUUGAAGGAGGGCGAAUUCCAAUAAAUUCAAUUACUUUUCAGGAACCUGAGAAUGACCCUCGGCACUGCUGUUAUCUGUGGGUUGCUCAAACAAACCAAAGUGGUGGUGAUGUCAGCUUGCAUUUGCUGCAGAUGGCUUUUGGUGACAGAAAAUGCUCUGCGUCGGGACAAAUUCUCUAUGAGAACUUAGAAUAUUGUGAGGAGAGAUACAGCCUGGAUCUUUCAGGGAACUCCACGUCUCUCAGAGGACAGACUGCCAGAAUCAAGUUGCUUAGCUGUCAAACUGUUGAAAAGUUCCGUGUUCCAAGAGAAGAUGGCAUCCAUGAAGUCACAUCACCUGAGACAAGCAUAUCCAUCUUCGGCUGGCAAGUGCACGGUUAUGGACAAAACAGACCUAACAUUUAUUUAGGAGUGUUUGACAUAAAUCGAUGGUAUCAAGCUCAGAUGCCUGACUCUUUAAGGCAGGGUCAAUUUCUUCGCAGCUGCUCCUAUUUUGCGUUUUGGUCUCUUGAAGAAUUGAUGAAUCUGACGGAUGAGAGUAUUAUUGAUAUUCUUGUGCAAGAUCGUAGUUUAAACCGCGGUGCUCCACCCUCAUACCCACCACCUGAGCAGUUCUUCUACCCAAGUACCUACAACUUUGAUGCUGCAUGUCUUCUGAAAAGUGGAAUAGUGCAUAUAAAAUGUGCAGGCUUUCAUAAGGAGACAUUGCACUUCUUAAAGAACUCAGGAUAUUCCUUAAAUGAAGCUAUUCCUGAAGGCUUUAACAGAUGUCUUGUAGCAGGCUUGCUCUCUCCAAGACACACUGAUGUACAUCCUGCUAACUUAAGUCAGGAUGAAAAAUUGCAAGCAGUCCUGUCAGCUGCUGUUGAUACUAGUUCCCAUGCACUUUUAGCCAGCUGUAUCAAGCAUUGGACUUCAGAAGAGCAACCAAGAUGUGCUGCUAACCUGCGCUUUGUUCUGGAGUGGACAUGGAAUAAGAUGACUUUGACGAAGGAGGAGUUUGACAGACUUUGUGUUCCUCUUUUUGACGGGUCGUGUAAUUUUAUUGAUCCACAAACACUUCAGUCUCUUCAACACUGCCAUCUGCGUUUCAGCAAUCUGACAACUGUUUUGAGUUGUUUCUUAACAGAAGCACAGGAAGUAACCAUACAAGGCCUAAUGGACCUAACAAACAAACAGUCUGUCGGUAGACUUUUGACACUCUAUGCCUCUGUUGUCCUCUGGUUUUGUCGAAUUGGCCUGUUGCCAGAUAAUGCAGAUGAAUCCAUGCAAUUAACCAGACCAUACUACAAUUAUGAUCGUACGCAGAAGUUCUAUUCAGAGAGACGGAAGAAGAUGGAAAAUUUGUCUAGUGGGAAGUGGAAAGCUAAUUCCUUGAUGAUUGAUGGAAUGACUUGCCAGUUUGGAAACCGAAUUGAGCUGCUGUGGAGCAGGGAUGGCACAGGAAAAUACCCACCUUCGAGCUUACAAGCACUUCUUGAUUUGUACCUCAUUGAAACUGCAGAAGAAAUGAGCAAACAUGCUAUUACCAUUUACUUUCUGCUGGAUAUUAUGUAUUCAUUACCAGACAAACCGGAUUCUUCAAUUGACUCAUUCCCCACAGCCUUUUCAAUUCCAUUUGGCCUCAUCAAACUUAUUCAAGGGUUUUGGCUUCUGGACCGUAAUGAUUGUCAGAACGCUGUGGAUUGUAUCCUUCACCCUGGUGCCCAUCAUUUGGUGACCUGGCAACAUCUUCAAAUAAUAGAAUCACUGAUGUGCCUAGGGGAUUACAGACAAGCUUUGCGAUACAUAAAAGUUAUGAACCCUCCAAUAACAUGUGUUCGAGAGGUCAUAUUGCACAUGACUGUGCUAUUGGCCAAUAGGCAAAUCAUGGAGGCUUGGAACCUGCAAAGAAACUACUCAACUCGCCUAAAUAUUGAAGAGCUUCUCAAGCAUGCAUAUGAAGUGUGUUCAGACAUGGGUCUUCUGCCAGAGUUAAUGAAACUCACUUUAACACAAUUGGAGCAAGAACAUUUACAACGAUUUUUGGAAACUAGUGGAAGUGUGCAAAAUAAGGAGUUGCUUUUAGUGCACUAUUUGCUGCGUGCCAAUUAUGUUCCUGCACUGCAAUUAAACCAGUCCAUGAAGGCAAUUUCUAUGAAUGACUGCGAUCGUCGUGUGCGUGACAGAGCAGUUGCCAGAAAUACUAUGUUUGAACAGUAUGCAAAAGUUCUUCCCAGGGUGCAUCGAACAUUGGCCAAUGAGCGAGCUAAUCCUUAUAUGUCUUCGCUUGUUUGGAAGGAGGUAUCCAGACCCAAGCCUUUAUCAACUGUUGCAAAGCCAGCAGCUAAUGGAAGUUUAACAACUAAAGCUUCUUUUAUUAGAAAUGUGCUUUGCAAAAUUCAGGAGGUAUCUGUUGCUUAUGACCGCAGAAGCUUUCCUAAUGAAGCUCAAGCCUCAAGCACAGCAUCACAAUGUUUUACAUGCCCUGAUGCGUUUCUUGGUACACCUUUGACAAAGAUAAGGAGAAUUUCCAGACUUCUGGAUUCUGUAGUUCAACCUUCACCUGUGCCCAAUCCAAAUGCCAUUGAUCGCACACCUUGUCCAUCUGUAAGGUUGAUUUCAUCUAGCCCUAUACAGUUACAUGUACCAGAUGUUGUAGAACUGAGAAGUGUGAAAAGAGCUGAAGAAUUCAACUUAUUACAUACACCACUUGUGGUCAAGAGGGCAAAGGCAUUGGCCAGCACUACUUCUUCUGGAUAUAUUGGUUUCACACCUCAAUCCAUAUUGAGAUCAAGUGUACGGACUACCCCUCUAGUGUCUCCUUCUGUAUCUCCAGGAAGAUCUCUUACUCCUCCAUUACGACCCAAGGAGACAAAAAUCUCUUUUAUGGAAGAGAUUGGAAACAAAUAUGCAAAAACUGUCUUUUCAUCUGAUAGAGACCUGCUGGAAGCUUCACCUGUAUUAAGAUCAGCACCAGACAUGCUAUGGUCUGAAAGCAAAGUUCAAAUGCCCUCAUUCUCGGGGAGCAUUACAUGCCAAGAACAAGAUGAUAAAAUUGAGGAUUUGUCAGUAGAACCCAAUGAUGAAAGCCCAGCGAAAAUGUCACUGAGCAAAGACGCUGUUAACGUGUCUCUGCGUUCAGAUGAGACCACUCUUGAAUAUCAUGAUGCUCCAACUCCAGAAGACAUGGAAGAUGAUGUGUUAACUGUAACCACAAAACCUCAUGACAAAGAAAUGAUGGAAGAGGAAAAUGAAGAACUUAAAACAGGACUAUCUGUGGAAAUCCUAGAACAAGAGAAAGAUGAUGAAAUUGAAGGUGUUCCUCCAAAGAAUGAUCAUAAAGUAUAUGAACAAUUGAUUCCAGUGCAGGAUAUUGAGAGAGAUUUGGAACCACUGGACAGACCUGAAGUUAACUUUCCAUCAGCUGAAGUUGGUAAUGCAGCAUCUGUUCCAUCAACUAGUGACUCUGCAUCUGUAAUCAGUAUUCAUGACAGUGAAAUAGCAAGCAAGUGGGAGCUUGAACAACACACCAUAGAUGACGUGGAGGCAGCUGUGACCCUUGAGUCUCCUUGUGCAGAAAUUCGAGAAGAGAAGGAAAUAGAGAUCAAACUACCAGACUCAGAUAUUCACUUUGAUGUAUAUGAAUCCUCUCAUGUUGGAAAUGCUUAUAAUAUUGAAAAUAUUGAACAUCACUAUAAUAGUGAGAUAGUGGAUGCUAUAAACUGUUUGGAUAAUGAAAUGAAUGAUGCAGAAGGAGAACAUUUUGCAGAGCAAAAUAACUUUACAUUGGUACUUGAAGGUGGAGAAGAAGAUGCAACAGAAAUGCAAGUAAACCGUGAAGAUCACUUUGAGUCUUUGGCUACUGAAGUGCCUAGCAAUCUCAUAUCUUUAGUAACAAAAGAUCAUAAACCAGUUCAUGAGGCUGAUACCUUUCCAAUUAUGAGCAGAGAACAUGAAACCACUGUGCCUGAACCAGUAAAGAUUGACAAAAAUCUGCUGGAUUUUACCGAAAUAAAUAGUGAAAAUGUGUUCGAGCCUUUAAGUAAGGUUUCCAAUUUUAUGACGCCGAUACAAGGUUUAAAUUCUGAAAUUUCUGCGUGUAAUAUAAAAACUGUGAUUGAGAUACCAACAAAUACACUGGCCACAAAGAGUGUUGGGGUAGAUGUUAAGGAUUCUCCUCCCAGCGAUCUCAUUCCUAUAGUGGUAAAUCCUCUAACCCCACGUAGAAGUAUAAGGAAUAUUUCAAAGUUGUAUGAAAGUGCAGAGUUUGAAGAAAAGUCUCUCCCAACAACCCCAAGGAGAGGAAGAAAGGCAAAAGGAAUAAUUGAUAAUCUUAAUGACCUUUCUAAUCUACAAGAGGAAGAGGUACCAGUUAGUAUUAAGAGAAUAACCCGUAAAAACCAAAAUAUUGCAUCUGAAAGUUCUUUAAAUGCAGAAAUAGAAGGCCCAAGCACGCAGUUUGCAAAAGAGCCAUCUACUCCAACUAGGACACACAGAGCUACAUUACCAGCAGCAGAUCAAAUACAUGUUGAAAAUGAACCAACCAUUGAAGAACCUGAACUAAAACCGCCGUCUACCCCAACUCGAGGUAGCAGAGUAAAACUGUCAACACCAGAAGAUCAAAUGGAGACAGAAAGUAAUUUAAUGGUUGAGAAAACUGCACCAAUACAACCAUCUACUCCUACUAGGUCUCGGAAAGGAAAGUUAUCCAGAGCAGAACAAAUAGACACAGAAAGCAAACCAAUCCUUGAGGAAACUGCACCAAAACAACCAUCUACUCCAACAAGAGCACACCGAGGAAAGGUACUGUCUGCAGAGGUACAAAUAGAUAAAGAAAAUGAAACCAUUGAGGAAACUGCAUCAAAACAACCAUCUACUCCAACAAGAGCACACCGAGGAAAGGUACUGUCUGCAGAGGUACAAAUAGAUAAAGAAAGUGAAACCAUUGAGGAAACUGCAUCAAAACAACCAACUACUCCAACUAGAACUCGUAGAGGAAAGGUACACUCAGCAGAAGAACAAAGGGAUACAGAAAGUAAUGAAACCAUCAAGGAAACUGCAUCAAAACAACCAACUACUCCAACCAGAGCUCGUAGAGGAAAGGUACACUCAGCAGAUGAACAAAGGGAUACAGAAAGUAAUGAAACAAUAGAAGAAACUGCUUCAAAACAACCAUCUACUACAACCAGAGCUCGUAGAGGAAAGGUACACUCAGCAGAUGAACAAAGGGAUACAGAAAGUAAUGAAACAAUAGAAGAAACUGCAUCAAAACAACCAUCUACUCCAACUAGGGCUCAUAAAGGAAAGGUACUCUCAGCAGAGGAACAAAUAGAUACAGUAAGUAAUGAAACAAUCGAGGAAACUGCAUCAAAACAACCAUCUACUACAACCAGGGCUCGUAGAGGAAAGUUACUCGUAGUUGAGGAACAAAUCGAUACAGAAACUAAUGCAACAAUCGAGGAAACUGCUCAAAAGCCUCCAUCUACUCCAACUAGGGCUCGUAGAGGAAAGUUACCUGCAGCAGAGGAACAAGUAGAAACAGACAGUAAUACACCUGUUGAGAAAAUUGCACAAAAGCAACCAACUACUCCAACGAGGGCUCGUAGGGGAAAGCUACUCGUAGUCGAGGAACAAAUAGACACAGAAACUAAUGCAACAAUUGAAGAAAUUGCACAAAAGCCUCCCUCUACUCCAACUAGGGCUCGUAGAGGAAAGUUACUCAAAACAGAGGAGCAAAUAGAGGCAGAAAGUAAGGCAACAGUUGAAGAAUCUGCACCAAAACAAUACAUUACUUCAACUAGGACUCGCAGAGCAAAUUUACCAGAACCAGAGGAACAAAUAGACACAGAGAGUAAUGCCGAGAUCAAUGAUACUUCACCUAAACGACCAACUACUCCAAUUAGGGCUCGCAGAGGAAAAUUAAAAGAACCAGAAGAUCAUAUCUCAGUGAAUAUUCAAGAGAGUCCUCCACCUCAUUCAAGAAUAACAAGAUCCCAAAACAUUGAAUAUGGAGACAUAAUCUCAAGUCAAAAAGAAGGUAAUGAGCAUGUAAAAGGCAGACAAGGCAGACGUCUUGUAAAUGAGUUGGUCAAACAUUUUGAGCUUGGUUCUUCUCAACCCGACAGUAUAAGCCCACCUGUAUCUCCAAACAGAGUUUCUCUGAGGUGGACAAGAAACAGAUCAGAAAAUAAAAUACUUGAAGAGGUAUUUUUAAAGGCUAUUGAGGAAACUACACAUAUUCCUAGAAAAAGAUCCAAGACAAAAUCAGAGGAAGUUACAGAAUUACCUGCAGGUACUGGCUUCGAGGAAGUUAAAGUCUCAUCUGUUACUAAUGGCUCAAUAAAGGAAAAUAAGAAAAUGGCACUUCCUUCUGUGUCAGAGGAACUUGUGGAAGAUAGAUUGCAGCUGCCAGAAAGCCAGGACCAAAGUAGUGCUCUCAAUUUUGCCUUCUCCACCCCUGUGACAAAACGUAAAAAAAUAAAAGUUCAAGAAACCGGAAUAGCUGAUUUUCCUGGGCACUUGAAACCACAAACCUCUUCUGAAUUUGUCUUCUCUCCACCUUCCACAAGGACGAGGAGACUAAGAUCUGCUUUCAUUGAAUCUGUGAAAAAUGAGGUCGUGAAACUCCCCAAGCCCCGUAAAACUGGAAACCCUGCUGAAGAGCCUGUUCUAAGAAAGAGAGGCAGACAACCAAAAGACAGCAAAUCAAAGGAAAAGGUGUCUUGGUCUCCUCCACCAGUGGAAAUUCAACUGCUUUCACCGCCCAAAAAUGCAGAUACUAUUGCUGCAAAUGCGAAGUCUGUGGCCAUUGAAUCAACUGCCACAGAAAAGAAAACACUGAAGAGAAAUAAGAGAAAAAUAGUAAUAUCAAAACCUGUCUCGCGCCGGAAGCUGAGAUGAUCUGUUUUAUAUUGUUUUUAAUGUGCACAUAUGUUUAUAAAGUCAAGAACUCUGUAUAAUACAGAAACCAAAACUGGUCAACAAGAGAAUAAUUUAUAUAAAUUAUUGAAAAUGUUCUUAAAAUAAACAAACAUAAAUUGAAAUCUUACUCCAUGUGAAGUAAAGAUUUUUUUUUUUCUG